CUAUUACGAUGAACCGACGACGUUCCCGUCGGCCUACGGCAGCCAGCGAGAGUAUCCAUUCGUGCAAGUACAGGUCCCCAACAGUCCGAAUGGCCGCCCAUACAUCACCAUCACUAACGAGGAUCGCGCGCAGACGGAAGCUGAUCAUGAUCAAUCGAAAGCUGCCAGGUCUCCGGAUUAUGUCGCUUCGGAGGAGAACGAUGAAACGGAUAAGUAUGAACCGACAGCGGCCGAGAAUGCACCGCAGGUCAAUCGACAUCAACAGCAGAAUCGUAGUGAAGAGAACAGUGCAACAAGCAAUGAUACCACCGUCAUCACCACCACAACGGAGCGAGUCCCGGAUCAAACGGAAGCCGAAACGAGUCGAUCGAUUUCGAUGCCCAAAUCACUCGUGAACUUCCAGGAUAGCAAGGAAAUCAUGAUGACGUCGGACUCGGAGAAUGAUUUCAAGAUCAGCAGCACCAGUCGGGACUUUCUGACCACCGCCCAUGUGUCACCGUGUCCCGAGGGUGAGCUGCGCUGCGUCAGUGGGAUCUGCAUAUCCGUGAGCCAGCUGUGUGAUAAGGUUCAGGAUUGUGCCGAUGGAGCAGAUGAGGCCGGAUGCACCUAUAAAGAGUAAGCACGGAUCCGCUACGAUUGGCCAUCACCAAGGUCAUCAAGAAUCUGGAACAAACUCCAAUCGCUCUGGCAGCCCACGGGGGAGGCUAAUGUCCCGCCGUUACCCGUCCCUCUUUACACCUUGUUGAUUCGUUUUAGCUCGAGAAUCUAACUUCAGUCCAAUGCUGGGAGAGAGAUUUGAUGUGAUCGAUCGAUCCGGAUUCUCGUGAAGGUUUUUUUCAUUCAUUCUUCAUCAAGUUGUUGCCGUUUGCGGCUCGGCAACAGCACCAACGUUACCGUGUGGAGGUGGAGUGGGGUGGGUGGGCACUAUUCAACCCCGUUCGGGCCUAUCUAUACCAGUCCAGCUCGAUAUCAGUAGGUAGAGUACGCCCUGCCGUGUCUGGCGCGGGGAGACAGUGAAGGAUAUUAAACGAUGUUCAUCAGAUCAGUUACACGACUUGCGCUUUGUACAUAGAAAGCACUUAAAUACACAAACACGAACACACUAUCACUCAUUUCAUACAUACACAUACGGACACAACGCGAUCCUUCUUACGAUCUUUUG